AUGCUGCCAACUUUGAGACGCUCUUUGCUGAGGGCAUCACAAACUCGACUCGGCCACCCUUCACCUCUGCCCUCCCUUUUCCUUUUCCCGUCAACUUACCAUCUGCAGCCUGCUGGCGGCGCAACGAUUUCAACAGCGAGUACAAUAAACACAGGGCUAGAACUAGAAAUCAAGCCCCAUAGUUACACGAGCGGUCGCUGGCUGCGACGUGAUAAAUUGGAGAUCGAUUCGCGCUAUAUCCAAUUCAACUUUGGUGCUCUUUGCCAGAAGGUUAUCGAGCUAUGUCCCGGUGCAAGUCACAUCAAAACCUGUCGAAAGAUUGAAGGUGGUUUCAACAGAGUCUGUAUCUUUACCCUGGACAGCUCGAAGACUAUUGUGGCGAAGCUCCCGUUUCGUGUGGUAGGCCCUGCGAAACUGACCACUCUUUCCGAGGUUGCUACAGUUCAAUACUGUAGGUUUAUCGUCAACCCUCUUAUACUUAAAGCUCACCAAGCUAUGCCUCAAGUACAAACGAAGACGAAUAUCCCCAUACCAAAGAUACUUGACUACAAUUGGGACGCCCGUGAUAAAGCAAAUGCUGUCGGCAGCGAAUAUAUAAUCAUGGAACAGGCACCUGGCGUUCCACUACACGAGAGAUGGCCUAGAAUGACGGGUGAUCAACAAGUCAGGUGCAUAGAUGCAAUCUACCGGAUGAUGAAAGAAGUCGCUGGUCUGGAAUUCCCAGCGUUUGGGAGUAUAUACUUCGACAAUGCUCUUCGAUGUGCUAGCAAACAACCCUUAGCUGAUGGCUUUUGUGUUGGGCCUCACUGCGGUACUAGAUACUGGGAUACUCAUGUCGGCGAAAGAAGAUAUGAUCAUUACACCAAUAGAAACAUUGGGCCCUGGCAAACUGUUGGCGAAUACUGUGACGGCCUUGUAGACGCUGGUCUGUCGCGAGUCCCUCCAGUGGAUACCGAGUCCGACAGACCGAUCUGUCAUGGAUCGCCUCAAACCCAUUUGGCUCUUCUGGAGUGUGUCCGUCCCGUACUGAAGCAGAUGUCCGCAAAUACUCAAAUUAGUGAUUCCACUACACCAUUAUUGUUCCAUCCAGACCUGCAUAUGCGGAAUAUCUUCGUUGCAGAUGACAAUCCUUCUACCAUUACGAGCAUUAUCGAUUGGCAAGGCGCCAGCGUUGAGCCGGCAUUUUGGUACUCAGACGAGGUCCCGGACUUUGCAACAGGAAAUGAGAUAUGCGCCAAAGCCUUUGACCUUUCUUCCCGGUUUUUCACACCGAAGCUCGCACGCCCAAGGCUGAUGAAUGAUAACGUUUUUCGACCAUUUCGUUAUUGUUAUAGAACAUGGAAGGAUGGCGCCGCGGCCCUACGCCACGAGAUGAUUGAGACUUCUCGGCUUUGGAAUGAGCUGGGAUUUGAAGGUCAAAGUAAUUAUCCUUUGCCCACGCGAGAGGAACUGGACAAACAUGAGAGGGAGUACAGACUUUUUGAGGCGGCACAGAACCUGCGGACUGAUCUGUCUAGCUUGUUAAAUACAGCGUCCGAUGGAUGGGUACGCCCGGAUGAUUGGAAAGCAGCACAAUCAGGCCAGAGGGAGCUCUUCGAUGGGAUGUUGCAGGCUGUUUUGGCGAACGCACGUUUAGACGAUGAUGAGCCGGUGAGGGAUGAAAGGACGCUGAGGUUAAUCUGGCCAUUUGACAUCGAUCAAUGA